CGGUCGUUGACGAAUGGACAACGUCUCUUAAGCAAUGCGCAAGGCUAUUACUCUGCUCACCGCGUGAAGGACCUGCUCGGAUGCCGACUCUCCUGCAUGAAGCCAUCGCGGCGUUCCCACUUCCGAACAGUCUUCCUGGCAUGUCGCCUUGAACUACCACUCGCCGAAUGAAUGCCCGACGCAUGCUUGAUCAGUCCUCGAAGAUUUCCUGGCCCGAGUGGAAAGAAUGAACCUCGUAACACUCUUCCGGUCUUCUGCUGCUCCGCUCUCUUCUCAAUCAAUCCUCACACGCCUAAUGAAUCGGACGGGACGGGAUGAGGCGGCCUCCGUAAACACCAACAGGCUCCUGGGCCGGCCCGUCGCUGAUUAUCAUCUCCCGACGGUGUAAGGAAAAGGCUGCUCGGGGUAGUAGACGAUGUCUACAAAAGGUCUCAGACGCGAGGGUCUCCCUAUCUGGCUCUUGCAAUUGACCAUCUUCUCUGCACAUCGUGACACAGAUGAGCGCAAUCCCGGACGCGUACUACUACACCUUUGGUGUCUACGAGCCUCUUCUUACUUUUCUGGGCUUUGCCGGAGUGCUCGUAGACCCUAAAGCAGCUCACGACUCGCAAGCGACUGACCAUGCGCAUGGUGGACCACUUCCUCGAGCCACGCUCGUCACCAUGAUUCAGCUUGGACACGCCUGCGCGCUCUUGGGUCUCCUCAACGCCUGCAUCCUACGCGCCCUGCGUACCCAUCUCGGACAUAUCCCUGCGCUACAAGAACGCAUUGCGGCCGCCCUCCUCACACCCCUUCUCAUCGGAGAUGUAGUGCACACAGCACUGACUCUUUGGGCGCUUGGCGAAGCGCGGUGGAACUUCGCCGCCUGGAGUCCCACAACCUGGUGUACCGUCGUCUUGGGCUUUACCCUGCUAGUCCCCCGUGCAGCAUGGGUAGCAGGCGUCGGACGAUACGUAGACACUCGAGACGGGGCGUACAGGAAGAUGGCGGACGUGCAGACAGGUUCCCCUUCAGACAAAGCAGUCGAAUCGACCCAUGCAUAGAUCUAAAAUCACCCGGGCAUAUAAUUGUACAUUCUGCUCACUAUAAUCAGUAGUACACGACGAGGAAUACAAUAACAGGUCGCAAUCCGGGCGAGGGUAAAUAAUGGGCGAGACGGGUAUGAGAAGGAUAUCUAGUACGGAGAGUUCACGACAGACGAAUAGCUAGUGACACCUGGCGGUGCGAGAGACUGUCGCGUAGGUCGCUUCAGGUUCUUCUUGUUGGUCUGGACGAGGUUGUUCGACAGAGCAACGAUAAUCUCCUUGUCAUCGCCGAACCGGAAGUUGUCC